AUGUAUGGAGGAAGUUGCGACCAUAGCGAUCCAUCAAGUGUCGAGUCCGAGCUGAUUGUUUUAUUAGAAAGGCUCAAAAACGCGCAUUCAAAUCUAAAAGCCGCAGAUGAAGCCAUGAAAGUCUUUGUCAAACAAGACGAUUUUACGAAGGAAUGCGAUACCAUAAUUGAAUAUGAUGAUAAGGCGGUAACCACUUUAGCUCAGUUGGAGCAUUUUAUUCGGGUUAAUUUCAAAACACGUGCUGAAGCAUCAAAUAACUCCUAUGAAGGCGCCGGGCAGGAUGCAGCGACGGAGGGAAAUAGUGGCUAUAGUGCGUUAGUAGGCAAGGCCGCUGCUUCCAUAGCCGGUUUUACACCCACCGAAAAGUGUUACAGCGAAGCCAUAAUUCUCUUGCAAGAAAAAUAUGGAAACAAUGAAAAAAUCGUGGAGAAAUUUGUUCAGAAAUUAAUGAAUAUUAGAACGGUGCAGUCAACAGCAGAUAUAUAUGGAUUAAGGCAACUGUACAACGAGGUUACUUCGACUAUGCGAUCGCUUGUAGCAUUUCACAUAUCAUCGGCUCAGUACGAUAUAAUGGUAAAAUCAAUUUUGUUGAAAUCUAUACCUACAACAUUGCGUGUGCAAUUUUACCGUUCAUUUGAAAGGAAUGCAGCUUGCAGUACAAUACUAAAUUCCAGCAUUGAUGCAGUUAAGGAGAGCAUAAGUAACGGAACAGAAAAUGAUCAGCUAAAUAAACUUCUGAAAUUUUUAAAGACCGAAAUAGAAGCCUUAGAAAAGGCGCAAAUGUCUGAGCGAGACAAAAAAUGUAAUGUGAAGGAAAGAAGAGAAACACGGUUUCGAGAUGGAGGUACUGCAGCGGGACUCUUCGUAGGCAACAGGCAGAACUAUCAAUGUGUUAUUUGCAAAACAAAUACGCAUACCACGAAAAGCUGUAAGAGCGAUCUACCUGUCGAAGAGAAGAAGCUUAUAUUGAGAAGAGAGGGUAGAUGCUUUCGAUGUACAAACCGUAACCAUAAUUCCAAAUAUUGUAAUGCACAAUGGGUGAAAUGCGACAGAUGUAGUGGUAGACAUAUAUCAACAAUGUGCGAGCGACAACAACGAAGUGACAAAGAGCGAAAUGAGAAACAACCAAAAAAGGCCAUAACGAAUGCAGCGGACGCAACAACAUUAAAUGCAAUUGAAUUAAAAGAGACUGGUAUUUUUCUCCAAACCGCAAAAGCAAUAAUUAGCGAAGUGAAUAGUGGUCAUAGCGUAAUGUCCAGAAUUAUUAUGGAUAAUGGGAGUCAAAGAACCUACAUAAGCGAAAAAUUGGCGGAAGUGCUUAAGCUUCCCACCUGUGGUUUUGAGAACGUUCAAAUUAUUGCAUUUGGUGACAAAAAAGCAAAAAAGGCAACUCAAUUGAAAAGCGUAGAAAUUUCAUUACGGAGCCGAUAUAAUGAUAAAGUGCAAAAAAUAAAAGCGAUUGUUGUACCUACUAUCUGUGCUAACAUUUUGCCACUGCCCAAAUUUAAAAACAAGCAGUUUAGAAACAUCAAAAUAGAAUUAGCAGACGGUAUUAAUGUUUUGAUUGGGCAAGACUAUUACUGGAUAUUUAACUACGGUGAAAUUGAACGGCUACAAGAAAAUUUAGUUGCCAUAAAAACAUUCUUCGGAUGGACUAUUCAAGGCAGUUGUGGUGAGAAAUGUAAUACAGUAGCGUGCAAUUGUGUAGAGAGUGUAGAAGAGUCAAGUGAAAAAUAUUUUGAUAUUGAAAAAUUUUGGAGUUUAGAGUCUAUUGGCAUCAAGAGCUGUCAACUACAACAGAGUAAUCCCUUAGAAGGAACAGUGUUUAAAAUCAGUGAAGUGAAUGGCCGUUACGUAGUGUGUUUGCCUUGGAAAAAUUUAAACGAAAAACUGAAUAGUAAUAAAGAAAUCGCAGAACAGAGAUUGUACAGUUUGACAAAUAAAUUGUUAAGGGCCAAUAAUAAACUCAUUGAAUAUGAUAUAGCGCUUAGGGAUUUAAUCCAAAACGGCAUAGCGGAACAGGUAAACGACUCAAACAGUGAAAUAGUGUACUAUAUGCCCCACAAACCGGUUUAUCGUGACGACAAAAUCACUACAAAAACGCGAAUAGUUUUUGACGCAUCUUCUAGCGAACCAGGUGUCUUAUCUUUAAAUGAUCACUUGAAUGCGGGUGACAAUCUCGUAGCAGAUUUGCUGAAAACUCUUUUAAGAUUCCGUUCACAUAAAAUAGCGAUAACUGCGGACAUUGAAAAGGCUUUUCUUCAGAUAGAGGUCGCGGAAAAUGAUCGAGAUGCACUCCGAUUUUUAUGGUACGAGCGUACCCCAGUGUGUAAAAUUCGUCUGCCCAAAAUCGUUGAAUACCAUAUGACCAGGGUAACGUUUGGUGUAACCUCCAGUCCGUUUUUGCUGGCAGCUACACUCCGUCAUCAUUUAAACAGUUCUCAGCAAGAGUAUGGAGUUAUUUGCGAUAAACUAAAACAAUGCUUUUAUGUAGACGACUUGGUGAUAAGCGAGCGAAGUUUAGAGGAAGCGAAGUUAAUGUAUUUAAAAUCAAAAGAAAUUAUGGCCAAAGCAAGGUUUAAUCUUCGGAAAUGGAACACAAAUGAUCCUGAGCUUAGCGCAUUUUUCCUGACUUAUAACAACGAACAAGCAAUUAGCCAAAAGGUACUUGACAUAAAUUGGACUACAGCGAACGAUGAGAUUAGCGUCAGCAUUGAGAGCAUUAGCGAGUAUUUGAUGAAUUUGAGACCAACGAAAAGGAAUGUCAUGAAAGCUAUGGCGAAAAUUUAUGACCCUUUGGGAAUGCUAGGCCCAUUUACUGUUCGAAUAAAACUCAUUCUUCAAAAUAUUUGGAAAGAGAACUUGGAAUGGGACGAAGCUCUAAGUGGUGAUAAUAUGAAUGAUUUUCAACACUGGCAAGAAGAAAUAAAAGCUCUGCAUAACUUUAACAUGAGACGAUGUUUAGCAACAGAAAGUGACUCUCAAUACGAAGUUCACAUAUUUGCCGACGCCAGUCCGAAAGCGUAUGGUGCGGUUGCCUACGUGCGCCAACUAACAGCGGCCGGUAUCAUUACAACAAAUUUCAUUUGUUCUAAGAACAGAAUUACAAAAGCGAUGACUCAUCCUUGGCGAAGUCGUGGCAGCAGCGACAAGCUACAAUAUAAUAAAGAGGUAUACGAAGAGAUGGUGCACAGAAUACUUAAGCGCACUCCGUACCAUACACCACAAUAG